UCAAACCACAUUCCAUUGUAGUGUUUACAAAAAGAGCAAACGUUGCGCUGUCUUUCAUCAAAAACAUCAUUUUUUUUCAUCGAAUUUGUGAACACCAUCCAUUAAUUUCAUUGUAAUUCGCGAAAUAUCCAACGUACGUUUCCUUGGAUUGCAUCAAAUCAUUAUCAUCUAUUGUCAUCGCUUGUGUUCGAUUUCACAAAGCAAACAUGUCAAACCUACCAGAUGUCAAGGAUUACUUCGAUUUUUUGAAAUGUACGGUGUGCCAUGAAUUAUUUCGUGAGAAAAUUUUCCUUUGUGAAAGAGGUCAUUCGUUUUGUAAACCAUGUCGAGAAAUACUGGGAAAACAGAAGGAAACAAAUAUGUGUCCAGAAUGCCGUGGCAAAUUUACGGGUGCGGAAAAUUAUACAUUGCAACGCGGUAUUGAACAACUAAUCGAUUUAUGGAAAAGUGUUUCGAAGAAAUCCGAUACAGCUGGCCCAAGUGACAGCAGUUGCCACGAAAUUGUUGUAGCAAAAUUAGCGGAAUCUCUUCCCGCUUUGGUCAAAUCUCUCUCAGAAUUUGAGAAAAAUGACAAUGGAUCACCACAGCCAUUCAAUGAUCCCGAAUCGGAUCCAGUCAUCGAUACUGCACCACGUAUUCCACUACAACCAAGAGGUGUAUUUUCAUGUCGUAUUUGCGAAAACGAGGAACUCAGUGAAAUCAGCGAUACCUACGAAGUGAUCGGAAAGGCAUUGCGGGUCCCAAUUUGUCGAAUGGUCAACCACUUGCUAACAUUUCACAAAGAAGAUUUUUUCGAAGCACCUUUGCCCGACGGCAACCCUGAAUUCACCAAGACAUAUGAAUUCGAUUGCAAGAAUUUAUGUCGAGCCAUACGUGUUCAUCAGUAUGGUGUGUUCUUUUUUAUUAUGAGAGUGUAUCGUAACCACGGAAAAACAUAUAUUGGAUCUUGGGUACAAGGUGUCUACCCCAGCUCCAACUGCACACUCUUUACGUUCGAGCAAAAAAUGCGAAUUCGCAACGAUGUCGCUCGUUACAGUGAUUAUACAUUUGGUCAAAAUUCAAGCGUUCGUUAUAUCCUAGAGAAUAAACAUUGUUUGUAUUAUGAAACGGAAAUGACGCCAAACGAUAUUGGGAAAAUUGUGGUCGAUGUCAAAAUCUUAAGAUCUGGGCAAGAACAUGAACAUGAAGGUCGUCGCAACACUACCGAAGUUGAGGAUGUCUCCAAUCAAUAGCUGCCAGUUCAACGAGAAAACAUAACAAACGUUACCAUUUACCAUAUCUAAAAACAUGUAAGCUCAUCCGUAGGGAAAAAUCGCUGCAGCAUUCAUUUAAUUUCAGUAAAAUUGCCUUAAAAUAUCCGAUUUGAAUGGUAAAUAUGGAUAUCAAUUGUGAUUUAAAAAAAGCGAAUUUCAUACAAUUUAAAAGCAUUUAAAAGCAAAUUAGUUUGGGGAAAACAAAAUCAUAAAUUUUUCUACAUUCAUUUAUUUACAUUAUAGAAUGCCGAAUGUAUCGGACUAAAAAUCAAUGCCAAUUUAUCCUAAUUUCGUCAAUUCUUCAUGUUAAAGUUUUCUUUGAAUUGAUCGAAAAAUUUGGGAAUUUAUAAAAAAAAAAAUCGUUGAAUAAACAACAGUUUUUUGGAAAUGAAA